GACGAAUCGACGAGUGCUGCUGGCUGCUGUGCCGUUGCCACGUAAAUAGAAGAGACGACGUGUCCAAGUAACUUUGCGGUAGAGAAAUUCUUCACAGAGAGAUAAAACUAGGAGGAAUCAAAGAUGAUCACCGACGUCCAGUUGGCCGUUUUCUCGAACAUCCUCGGGGUGAUGCUCUUCCUUUUGGUGGUUAUCUUCCACUAUAUAAACGCUAACUAUUCGAAAUGAUCCGUCGGCGAAAUGGAGAACGCUACCAUAACCUCAAACAUGAAAACGCUCGCCGUGAAAAAGUUUCACAGCUCUAUGAGCACUCCAUUCAAGAUCGUUAAUGUAAAAUUAUCAAUUUCUUUUGUACACACACAACAUUCUUUUACUCAAUGAAAGUCUUGACGUUCCCUGAAUAAAGAAAACUCAUUUCAUGUAUCGCA